GGUGCCUGCCCCACAGGCUUCCGAGUACAAACACAUUCCGCCCUCUCGUCACUCCCAGCACGCGCACCCAAUCAGGCCAUGGUUUUACCCAUGCAGCCGUGGGCACAAGGAGAAGAAGAGAGACACAGUGACACAGCCUGAGGAAGGUGUGAGGAAGACUUUGGAUCCAUCUCCAGCAGCAGGUUCCAGGUGAAGGGGAUUGUCUUGGUGUUCAAAGACCUGGGCUGUCGCAGGUAGACGGGCCUUUGACUGGCACAUUAAAGACUAGGAAGAUGCCAUGACUGUCGUGAUUGGACAAUAGAAGAUGGAAAACUAUGUUAAUGUGAGAAUGAACAUAUUUGUCAUCGUAUGCAGCUGCCUUUGUCUCACGUUCACAGGAGCCUCAGAAGUAGAGCGAAGGCUCCAUAAGAAGCUCUUUCAGAACUACAACAUGAAAGUCCGACCGGCUCAUUACUGGGAGGACAAGGUGAUGGUGCGCGUCGGGAUGACUCUCUCUCAGCUCGUCAGCUUGAAUGAAAAGAACGGCGAGAUGACAACCAACGUGUUCAUGAAUCUGGCCUGGACAGACUACAGGCUGUCAUGGAACCCUAAAGAAUAUGAAAAUAUCAACGUUUUGAGGAUUCCCCCCAACAAGGUGUGGCGUCCAGACAUCUACCUCAUAAACAAUAACGACGGUCAGUUUGACGUGGCCCUGUACGUCAACGUCUUGGUUUACAGCGACGGGACGGUCAACUGGCUUCCUCCAGCCAUCUACCGCAGCUCCUGCUCUAUAGAGGUGGCGUACUUCCCAUUUGACUGGCAGAACUGCAGCAUGGUUUUCCGCUCCUACACCUACGACGCCUCUGAGGUGGACCUGCAGUACUUCCUGGAUGAUAAUGGCAAUGAGAUUCAGGAGAUUGUAAUUGAUGAGAAUGCGUUCACUGAAAAUGGAGAAUGGGCCAUCUGUCACAAACCCUCGAGGAAGAACAUCAAGGAGGAUCUGUACGAGGACAUCACCUUCUAUCUCAUCAUAGAGAGGAAGCCUCUUUUCUACAUCAUCAACAUCAUCCUGCCCUGCAUCCUCACCAGCGUGCUGGCCAUAUUUGUCUUCUACCUGCCUCCUGGAGCAGGAGAGAAGAUGACUCUCUCAAUUUCUGUCCUCAUCGCUCAGACUGUCUUCAUGCUGCUGCUGGCUGACAGAGUCCCUGAGACCUCGCUCGCCAUCCCAAUUAUUGUCAACUAUGUCAUGUUCACCAUGAUCCUGAUCACCUUCUCUGUCAUCCUGAGCGUGGUCGUCCUUAAUCUGCACCACCGAACACCCAGCACACACAUCAUGCCAAACUGGGUUCGAAUGGUGUUCAUUCACUUCCUGCCCAAGUAUAUUGGCAUGAUGAGGCCAAACCCAGAGGAAGACGUGGUGAAGAAGGAACCUAACGAUGACACGCCGAUGCGAAGCUUCAAUGGGCGCCACCCUGGAGGAGAAUACUUCUUUCGUAAGAUCAACCUUGAUCUCGUCAUACCCUGGAGAGACAGGUGCGAGGACACAGUGCAGCUCCAGCGGUUCCCGAACACUGACAACUACUGUCUGAUCCUCCCUCCCAACCUGAAGUCAGCCAUCGCCGCUGUAACAUACAUGGCUGAGCAGCUGAAGAAGCAGGACACGGAUGACACGAUGACAGGAGACUGGCAGUUCAUUGCUCUGGUGGUGGAUCGUCUCUUCUUGUGGCUGUUUGUCAUCAUCACCACACUGGGAACCCUGGCUAUGUUCUUAGAUGCCAGUUUCAACUACACUCCCGAUAACCCCUUCCCUUAGACCACACACACACACACAUGCACGCAUACUCACACGUACAUGUUAAAUAUUUAUACCGUCCACUUCUAAAAUGUAACGUGAGGUCAGGUUGUGAGUUGCAUUAACACAUUUGCAUAAAUAGUAGCACAUGUAUAGAAGAGGUUCACUCGUACGCGCAGACAUUGUAUUUGUCCAAAUCGUGUUUUUCCGUCUCUUUAUUUGAGUCUAAAAACUUGAAAUAAAUGUUUUUUUGAACGUG